CAUAUAUAUAAACCCCAUUUCUCUCCCUUUCUCCCUCGCUGUAUCUCUCUACUUCACGCUCCUCGUGCCCUUCGCCUCUUCCUCGCUCUCUGAAUUUAUUCAAACAAAGUCUCAGAUCUGUUUGAACUCUCCGAUUAUCAAUGGCUUCUGUCACCGGAUCGGCUCUCUCCAUGUCCUCCCUCUCCUGCUCUUUCAAACAAAGCAAGGUACCCAGUCAAAUCUCUAGUCUGAAUUCAGUAUCACUGCCAAUCAAUGGAAAAUUCUUUCCAUCAAUCAGGUUGCAAGCAGUUGCUCAUCGCUUUAAGGUUUCAUGUGCGGCCAAACCAGAGACCGUAGAGAAAGUGUGUGAAAUUGUGAGGAAACAGCUGGCUCUUCCAGCUGAGACUUCUGUCACUGGAGACUCUACGUUUGCGACACUUGGGGCUGACUCUCUUGAUACGGUAGAGAUUGUGAUGGGACUUGAGGAGGAAUUUGGUAUCAGUGUGGAAGAGGACAGCGCCCAGAGUAUUGGUACUGUUCAAGAAGCAGCCGAUUUGAUUGAGCAGCUCAUGGAAAAGAAGGGUGCCUAAAAACUUUCAUAUCAUAUAGAUUUCUCUUAUUAGUAAAUUUCUCUUUUUUCUAGUGUUACUUUUGCUUAUUUAAUCAACACCGUGGCAAACCCUUGCUUUUUUAUGUUUCCUUUGCUUGUUUGGAUGAACUCAACGGUUUUUUAUGCGCCAUUUUUAUUUUUAUUUUUCUCUCUUUAGUAAUAGGGUGUCUCAUGUUGUGUUGAACUUUUCGCUAAAAUUUAGUAGAAUUUGAUAAAUCUGUUGCUGUCCA